UUUUAACCCAACCAAGUCAAACAGAAAAAUUGCCCACCAUGUCGUCGGAGAACAAGGAAGUCGAUUACUCUCUGGCUAACCCAGAUACCCUCACUAAGUACAAGACCGCUGCUCAGAUCUCUGAGAAGGUUCUUGCCGAGGUUUCCAAGCUCGUCGUUCCUGGAGCCAAAAUUGUCGAUAUCUGCCAGCAGGGAGACAAGCUCAUCGAGGAAGAGAUCUCCAAGGUCUACCGAGGAAAGAAGAUCAACAAGGGUUUCUCUCACCCCACCACCGUCUCCCCUUCGUCCUACGUCACCCCCUACACUCCUCUCACAUCCGACGAGGCUGAGGCCGGCGCCGAGAUCAAGGAUGGCGAGGCUAUCAAGAUCCAGCUUGGUGCCCAAAUCGAUGGUUUCGGUUCCAUCGUCUGUGACACCAUCAUCGCCACCCCCGAAGACAAGGCUGGCGACAAGAUCACUGGCCGCACUGCCGAUCUGAUCCUUGCCAACUACUACAUCAACGAGGUCCUCCUGCGAUUGAUGAUCCCCCCUGGCACUCUGGCCCAAGGCUCCGACGAGGAGAAGGCCAAGGCUGCUGCCCAGAAAGCCCCUACACAGGCCAAGAUCACCAGCCUUCUCGAGAAGGUUGCCAAGACAUACGAGGUCAACAUCGUCGAGAGCACCACCUCGUGGCUCUUCGACCACAAUGAGAUCGAAGGCAGCAAGAAGAUUGUCCUUUCCCCUGCAGAGGGCACCAAGGGCGAGGGUGUCCCUGAAAUUGGUGAGGUUUGGGGUGUUGAGGUCGGCGUCAGCCUGGGCUCUGGCAAGGUCAAGGGACUUGACCAGCGUGCCACUCUUCACCGCCGCACCAACCAGACUUAUGGCCUGAAGCGACCUACUUCGCGCAAGAUCCUCAACGAGGUCCAGAAGAAGUUCGGUACUUUCCCCUUCAGCUUGCGACAGCUUGAGGACGAGCGCGAUGCCAAGUCUGGUGUCGUCGAGUGUGUCCGAGGAAACGUCUUCCGCCAAUACGAACUCGUUGGCGACAAGGAUAACUCCCCCGUUGCCCGAUACCUUACAACCUUUGCUAUUACCAAGAAUGGUAUCACCAAGCUGGGUGCCCCCCCCCCUCUGGACCUUGAGAAGUACGAGACCGACAAGAGGAUCGAGGACGAGGAGAUUCUCAAGAUCCUGGAGCAGCCCAUUGCCCGAAACACUGGUAAGAAGAAGAGCAAGCCUAAGAAGAAGACUGCCAAGAAGGAGGGCGACGAAGAGUAAGGUAUGCGGCAUGAAAAGAUGUGUCGAAGAGGUGCGGAAAGACCAAGGACCCGAGGACGGGUGAAGCCAGAAGCGCGAGUCAAGAAGGAUGUAUAUCGGCAGUUUAGGCCAACGACUUUUCCACCAUUGGAUGGGCCAUACACAUGAAGGAAAGCGUCUUCAUAGGAAAACUGUUGGAAGGCUGAAAGGGACGACUGGAAUCGCCAAACCCGACACCGCCCGGUUUGAUCAGGUGGUGUGGAGCGACCAGAAAUAUAUAGAAAUCCCACACAUCCUGAUACUGAUCAACC